GGGCAUUUCAGUGAGCAAAAGAGUUCCUCAAUUUUGCCCAGAGUAACGAGAGUUUCUCAAUGUUCCUCCGAGUUACUCCGGUUGCUUUUCACCAUUCCCACCUACAUAGAUCAACCUUGUGUUUGAAAAAUUGUCAAGUGCUGUUGCUAAGGUUUGUUUGUUUUGAAAAACAAAUACCAACGGCAAGUGACCGGAUUUAUUGGGGCCAAGUUUAAAAAGUUUCCCUCCCGUCAGCAGGCGGACGCGUUUGUUCGGAAGCACGGCAGCGGAUCGGUUCCGGGUCUGCUUCCGACAGCAGAAGUAACUCGUCGUCGGCGGGGGCCUAUGUUCAAUUCGUGGUUUAGCCGAUGGAUUGCGAGCCGGUUCUGAUUGACAAUUAUGAAGAGAUCAAUGCCGCUUGAACGAGGGGUUGAAGCGGGAGCUGGAUGAGCUGCGGGGGUCGGGAUCGGGGACAGGGAGAAGGGGAAUAAGCUGGACAGCGGUGUGAAGCCGAUGACGGAGCUGGAAAAGUACGGCAUUUAUAACUUUCAUCAGGACGAGGAUGGUUUCGUGUACGUUUACACGGAUGGUUCCUGGGAGGGUAAUGGGACGGCGGCGGCCUGUGCCGGGCUGGGGGUAUACUUUGGCGAGGGACACGCGCUGAACGCGGUCAGUGGACGAGCGACCAACAAUUGUGGAGAGUUUCUGGCGGCUGCGCUAGCGAUUCGAUUGACCAAGCAGCAGGGCAUCAAAAGACUGACCGUGAACACAGAUUCCAAAUUUUUGGUAAAUUCCAUCAACAAGUGGCUGCCCGGCUGGAAGCGGAACGCGUGGAAGCUGUCGACGGGGAAGCCCGUUAAGAACCAGGUCGACUUUGAGGAAUUGGACCCGUUGGACCAGGAGUUGGCUGAAAAAAGCAUCAAGAUCAAGUGGAACCACGCCGACGCUCAUUGUGUCAUUUUGGGGAACGAACGGGCGGACGCGGGGGAUGCCCGGGAAGGUUCGGCAAUAUUUCGCAGACCGAAAGCAAAUCGUUGAAACGUUUGUUGAUAAGUGGCUUUUUAUUCUAGUUUACAAUACACUGUUUUCCAAAUUCUUAA